AUGGAUUACCGACAACCACAAGCGUGUCUGCAAGUACCUGACUCAUUGAAUUUUGGAAUCGAUAGAAUACUGAAUAUUAAAACUGACUCGGAUCGAUCGGCGAAUAAAAAAGGAAAGUUUACCGGUAGAGCUGUGUUUACGGUCACACAAAAAAAUUGGUUAGAAUACUAUUUUCAAAUGGAAAAAUACAUUACCAAACAGAACAGAAAGAUACUGGCUUCCAGUCUUGGACUUACGGACUUACAGGUAAAAGUGUGGUUUCAGAAUAGAAGGAUGAAAUGGCGACAUUCUACGGCUGAACCAACUUCAAGAAAAUAGAACUACAAAAAUUUCGUGUUACUUUUCAUUUAAUCGUAAAUAAAUACAAGUAUACGAUAUUAUAUAUACCUACGUUAUAAUUCAUUAAAAAUUAAAAAAUACAUUUUAUAUAAAAUAUUUAUAUUAUAUUAUAGUUUAGUGCACGUUCGUUUAUUAUAUACUAUAGUACCUAAUUACUACGAGCUACGAGUGGCCUUCUUAAAAUAUACUAUUAUAAUGUAUUCGUCCUUAUAAUCUAAUUAUGUUCAAUAAUAAAACUAUGACAUAUUAUACAAUCAUAUGUAAAAUAAAGAUAUAUAAAACGCUAUUUACCUAAUA